AUGCUGAUAAGUGAUUUCCCAGAGCAUCUUGAAUCUGAUCAUGUGCUGAAAAAUGUUUUCUCAGAACAUCUCAUAAAUAUUCACGUCCAAGUUCGGUCAGUGUGGUCGAUCAGUACUGAUCCCAGUCUAGACCAGUAUGCCACUACCAAUACUGAUCCCAGUCUAGACCAAUAUACCACUACCAGUACUGAUCCCAGUCCAGACCAGUAUGCCACUACCAAUACUGAUCCCAGUCUAGACCAGUAUACCACUACCAGUACUGAUCCCAGUCCAGACCAGUAUGCCAUUACCAGUACUGAUCCCAGUCUAGACCAAAAAACAAUUGUAAAAAAGUAUCCUAUACCCGUCCACUACCCAGUUCACUAUCCGUAUCCCUACCCCGUUUACCUCCACAGUCACAGUCAUAGUCAUAGUCACAGUCACAGCUAUGGAGGCUAUGGUCAUGGUGGUUACGGUGGAGGUCAUGGUGGCUACGGAGGAAGUCAUGGAGGAUACGGAGGAGGUCAUGGAGGAUACGGUGGAGGUCAUGGAGGAUACGGUGGAGGUUAUGGAGGAUACGGUGGAAGUUAUGGAGGCUACGGAGGUGGAUACCAUUGA